AUGGGAGAUGACGACUCACUCAUGAAGACAAUCCACUUGGCGAACAUCGCGUGCGGCUUCCAUGCAUCGGACUUUUCUAUCAUGAACAAGACCGUCCUUCUGGCCAAGGAGAAUGGUGUCCUCAUUGGCGCUCACCCGUCGUUGCCCGACCGACAAGGCUUCGGGCGACGGGAGAUGAUGAUGGAACCAGAAGAGCUUGCUUCAUGCUUCAUCUACCAAGUCGGCGCACUCGUAGGAUUUUUGACACGUUAUGGACUUCCUCUGAAUCACAUUAAGCCGCAUGGAUCGGUUUAUGGAAUGACAGCCCGCGAUAUGCCUUUGGCUCGUGCAGCCGUAGGUGUAGCUAAGACGUUCGGCGUGGCCUUUAUGGGUCUCGCGGGAACGUGUCACCAGGUGGCUGCGAAGGAACUGGACGUCCCCUUCAUUGCAGAGUGGUUUGCGGACCUGGAGUACAGCCCGGAAGGCAAACUCAUUAUCACUAAGAAACAUGAUCCUGUCCCCUUGAAUGCUGUCCAUAACCGGGUGACCAAGUUACUUAAAGAGGGCCAAGUCACUACGACGUCCGGGUUUGUACCGCUGAGCGACGGCGUAACGGAUGUCUCUAUCUGCUGCCAUUCCGACACUCCGGGCGCAGUCGAGAUUGCGCAGACCGUUAAAGCGCUGGUGGACGAGAGCAACCAGAAGCUUGCGGUGUGA